AUAAGUCACGUAAAUGUAUAAUUACAUGACAUUACAGAAUAGUGUUUGCUGCAUAAAAAAACGAAAUUCUUCGUGGACCUAAUCUAGAAAAAUUCUUCUUGGAUCUAGUGUUCUCAACAUAGGUGUCUGGUAGAUCUGGUUUAUCAGAGUAAAGACAUGGUUUUCUUCAAUUUGUUCCUUCUUAUCAUCGCUCAUGCUGUGAUGAGCUCAGCCGAGGUAUCACAAGAGGACCUAAAUAAGUUUGCAGUUGCCAACAACAUAUUAGCAGCUAAACUUUAUCCUAGAUUGAUUAAUGGAAAUACGGACAAUGUAUUCUUUUGCCCCGCCAGUUUAAUGACAGGAUUAGGAAUACUUUUACAUGGAGCCAGAGGAAAUACUCAAAAGGAGCUGUAUUCUGUCUUGGGUUAUGAAGCAGCUGGCUUACCUUUAUAUAAAGUUCCAUCAACAUACAACUAUUACUUCUCACAAAUGCUACCAGAAAACAAUCCAAACCAAGUAAACUACAGCCUUUACUGUGCCGAUGAAGUUUUAGUAACGGAUCGAGCACCAUUAUAUCCUCAGUUUCAAAAAGAUGCUCAAAAUAUUUAUGAUUCAACCAUUCAAAAUGUUAAUUUUUUGUACGCUAAUGACGUUACCCGUGGUAUCAAUAAUUUUGUCAAUCAACAAACAUAUGGGAAAAUUAACAGUAUUGUAAAUAGUGUGAAUGGCUUCUCAUCUGCGCUACUCAUAGAUGCUGUGUUUUUUAAAGGAAAGUGGGAGACACCUUUUCCACCUUAUUUGUCAUUGCCUCAACCAUUUUACUCACCAACGGAAACAAAGAAUGUUCCAUUUAUGCAAGUUAUCCACUCAUUCCCUUACUUUGAAGGAUAUAAUUAUCAAGCUUUAUUGUUACCAUACAUUGGAGGAAAUACUGGCUUACUAAUUUUACUACCACGACAGAAAAAUGGUCUCACAAGUUUAGAAAAGACCAUGACCCCCGACAAUAUUGUAAACGUUCUAAACCAGUUGCAGUCACAAAAGACAAUGGUCCUUCUUCCGAAAUUCAAAUUCCAGUACUACCGAGAUUUCUCGAAAGAUUUUAGAGCAUUGGGAGCUGAAAGCGCGUACGAUGGAUCGGGUGAUUUUUCUGACAUGACAUUUAGUAAAGGAUUAGCUGUCUCUGGAACACUUCACAAGACUGCUCUGGAAGUUGAUGAAUCGAACCAAAGAGCUGGUAUGACAGUUGACUUUACACCUCCUGUUCCACCAACAAUUUUAGCAAACCACCCUUUCAUGUUUGCAGUCGUAGACAGAAGAAUUAAUUUGUUAAUUUUUCUGGGUCGCGUUAUUAAUGUGUAGAAGACUUCAAAUGUGAACAUUGUAUGUAACAAAUAUGUAUGUUCUCUAUGGAAACUGUUUUCAAAUAAAGAAAAAGUUCGGACAUUAA